AUCUUAUGUCCAAUAAAGGAUUUAGAAACUAUGGCGGUAGUAGAGAAGAAUAUUGAGAUGGAAAAUAUAUAUGAGAAUAUUGAAUACGAUGGAUUCCACACUUUUUACCAGGGUGUGUUCUCUAACUUUUAUGCCUCGGAGUUCUGGGAUCCUCAAUUCUUUAUUGACAAAGAUGAGAUAAAUUCCACCAGAGAACCUGAUAAUUCUGUUCGGUUUGAGAAUGUCGAGCAAUAUAUGCAUGCAAGCAAGGCGCUGCUGUUUAAAGAUUUUACGGUGUUCAAUGAAAUAAUGAAGGAAAAAGAUCCUAUGAAGGCCAAAAAGUUAGGUCGAAAGGUUGGAAACUUCAAGGAAAGUAUAUGGAAGGAUGUAUGCAGAGAUAUAGUCUGCAGAGGAUGCUGUCUCAAAUUCUCUCAAAAUCAAUUCCUAAGGAGGGAAAUGUUGAAAACAGAUAAACAGCUGUUUGUUGAGUGUGCUCCCAGAGAUAUUAGAUGGGGUGUAGGACUUGGAGUUAAAAAUCCCAAAACUAAAAUUCCCGGUCAGUGGAGAGGAUUGAACUGGCUUGGUCAAUGUUUAACAGUUGCUAAACAAUUUAUGCAAAAAUAUGAUGAGCUGAGGGUGUACGAUAACGUAAAGAAGAAUCGUGAUGCAAUGUCUGUUGUAUACAGAGACAUUCUUCCCAGACUUCCCAGACUAGAAUGAUUUUUAUUUUAUGUUGAUUCAGAUAAUUUACUUUAUCAAUAAAGUUCUAAAAUGGUGA